UCGGCCACAUCGAGUUGGCGAAGCCUGUCUUUCACCCCGGCUUUCUUAAGAAGACUAAGAAGCUGCUGGAGAUCGUCUGUCACAACUGUGGCAGAGUCAAGCUAGACAGGGUCAGUUCUCCCACGUAGUGUGGGUAGCGUACUUGUUCCUUUGUGCUAACAUCACAAUCUCAGAGUAAUCCAGCGUACAAGGCAGCCGUUUCGAUUCGAGACCCGAAGCGUAGGUUCGAUACGAUCUGGCGACUUUGCAAGCCCAAGAUGAUCUGUGAUAGCGAUGUGGCUGCGAAUGACGAUGGUUUCAAUGAGGAUCCGAAGGAGGCCGCAAAGCGCGCGCAUGGUGGAUGUGGCAAUACUCAACCCGAAGUGCGCCAGCAGGCUUUGCAGCUCUGGGGUACAUGGAAGGUUCCAAAGGAUGAAGACAAUGAUGGCGCAACGGCCGAGAAGAAACAAAUCACUGCAGAGAUGGCUUUGAAUGUCUUUCGAAGCAUUUCAACGUCUGAAAUUGGGGACCUCGGCCUGAGCACCGAUUAUGCGCGACCCGAGUGGAUGAUCAUCACUGUUCUUCCAGUUCCUCCUCCACCUGUUCGGCCGAGUAUUUCGAUGGAUGGUACGGGUCAAGGCAUGCGAGGAGAGGAUGAUUUGACGUACAAGCUUGGUGAUAUCAUUCGUGCAAAUGGCAACGUUCGACAAGCUCAACAGGAAGGCUCCCCCGCGCAUAUUUUGGCGGAUUUCGAGAAUCUGCUGCAAUACCACGUUGCUACUUACAUGGACAACGAUAUCGCUGGUCAGCCUCAAGCUUUGCAGAAGUCUGGCAGACCUGUCAAGUCCAUUCGCGCUCGUCUAAAGGGCAAGGAGGGUCGUCUUCGUGGUAACUUGAUGGGAAAGCGUGUCGACUUUUCGGCACGUACGGUCAUUACUGGUGAUCCCAACUUGUCUCUGGAUGAAGUUGGAGUUCCCCGCAGUAUUGCACGAACUCUCACCUACCCCGAAACUGUCACCCCGUACAACAUCGGAAAGCUGCAUCAACUUGUCCAGAACGGGCCAAAUGAGCAUCCCGGUGCCAAGUACGUCAUUCGAUCCGAUGGCACUCGAAUUGAUUUGCGACAUCACAAGCGUGCAGGUGCUAUCUCUCUGGAAUAUGGAUGGAAGGUCGAGAGACACAUUGUUGAUGGAGACUUUAUCAUCUUCAAUCGUCAACCUUCCUUGCACAAGGAGUCCAUGAUGGGUCACAGAGUGAAAGUCAUGCCAUACUCGACCUUCCGACUGAACCUGUCUGUUACUUCUCCAUACAACGCCGAUUUCGACGGCGAUGAGAUGAACUUGCACGUUCCCCAGACCGAGGAGACUCGAGCUGAGGUUAUGCAGCUUUGCAUGGUUCCAUUGAACAUCGUUUCGCCCCAACGAAACGGUCCACUUAUGGGCAUUGUUCAAGAUACUCUCGCUGGUGUUUACAAGCUUUGCCGCCGAGAUACAUUCAUUACGAAGGAUCUUCUCAUGAACAUUCUGCUGUGGGUCCCUGACUGGGAUGGCAUUAUUCCGCAACCAGCCAUCUUGAAGCCACGUCCCAGAUGGACCGGCAAGCAAGUUAUCAGCAUGAUCAUUCCGAAGAUCGUCAACCUCCAUAUGGCCAAUGACAACCGAGAAGACGCGCCUCUGAAUGAUGACGGUCUUCUUAUUGAUCAGGGCGAGCUUAUGUUUGGCCUCCUGGCAAAGAAGAACGUUGGAGCUACUGGGGGUGGUAUCGUUCACAUCGUCUUCAAUGAGCAGGGUCCAGCUGCUGCUAUGGCAUUCUUCAAUGGCUGUCAACGCGUUGUCAACUACUGGCUUCUGCACAAUGGCUUCAGUAUUGGUAUUGGUGAUACGAUACCAGACAAGGGGACGAUUGCGAAGAUUGAGGAGGCUAUCAAUCUUCAGAAGCAGGAGGUCGCUGAUCUUACACAGAAAGCAACCGCUAACACGCUUGAGUCGCUUCCGGGUAUGAAUGUCCGUGAGACUUUCGAAUCUCUAGUCUCCAAGGCUUUGAACACCGCCCGUGACAAGGCGGGUACCAGAACUGAGGCCAGCUUGAAGGAUCUCAACAACGCUGUCACCAUGGCGCGAUCUGGAUCCAAGGGUUCCACGAUUAAUAUUUCCCAAAUGACUGCGUUGGUCGGUCAACAGUCAGUCGAAGGAAAGCGUAUUCCUUUCGGCUUUAAGUACCGAACCCUGCCUCAUUUCACCAAGGAUGAUUACUCUCCCGAGUCUCGUGGAUUCGUUGAGAACUCAUAUCUUCGGGGUCUCACGCCCACCGAGUUCUUCUUCCACGCCAUGGCUGGCCGUGAAGGUCUUAUCGAUACUGCUGUCAAGACUGCCGAGACAGGCUACAUUCAACGUCGUCUUGUCAAGGCACUCGAAGAUGUAAUGGCAAAGUACGAUGGUACAGUCCGUAACUCACUUGGAGACAUUGUUCAAUUCGUCUAUGGUGAAGAUGGACUUGAUGGUGUCUUCAUCGAGAAGCAGAAGGUAGAUUCCAUCAACCUGAGCGACGCCAAGUUCGAGGAUCGUUACCGCCUGGACGUUAUGGACGAGAAGAACCCCAUAUCUUCUGAUCUUCUGGAACACGCAAACGAGCUUGCUGGCGAUCUCGGAGUGCAACAGCUCUUGGAUGAGGAGUGGGAGCAGCUCAAGGCUGAUCGCGUAAUGCUCCGCGAUGUCAAUGUCAAAAAGAAGGACGAUGAGAUGAUGCAGCUUCCUUUGAACGUUGUCCGAAUCAUCGAUACUGCGAAGAGACUUUUCCACGUUGAUGAUGCACAGCGAAGCGAUCUUCAUCCAGCCGAAGUCAUCCCUCAGGUUAAAGCACUUCUUGAGCGAAUGGUCAUCGUCCGAGGAGAUGAUUCAUUGUCUGUAGAGGCACAGUAUAACGCUACCCUGCUGAUCAAGGCACAAUUACGAUCUCGCCUUGCCUACAAGCGUGUCGCCCUUGGUAUGCGUCUUAAUAAGCUUGCCUUUGCCCACGUUCUUGGAGAGCUUGAGAGUCGUUUCACUAGAGCACUGGUCAACCCCGGUGAGAUGGUUGGUGUUCUCGCUGCGCAGUCUAUUGGAGAACCAGCUACCCAAAUGACCCUGAACACCUUCCAUUUUGCUGGUGUGUCGUCUAAGAACGUCACUUUGGGUGUUCCUCGUCUCAAGGAAAUUCUGAAUGUCGCUACGAAUAUCAAGACACCCUCUAUGGUCGUGUACCAAGAGUCUGAGAAUGCGACCCAGGAGACUGCAAAGUUGUUGCGUAGUGAGGUUGAACACACCAAUUUGCGCUCCGUCACUCAUGCUACCGAAAUCUAUCACGAUCCUGACAUCAUGGAAACAAGUAUCGCGGACGAUGUGGAUAUGGUCGAGUCUUACUUCAUCAUUCCAGAGGAAUCGACUGAAAUCGAGAACCAAUCCAGAUGGCUACUUCGGCUGAUCCUCGAUCGCCAGAAGAUGUUGGAUAAGGGACUGAAGGUUGAGGAUGUUGCGAGUAAGAUCAAGGAGAAUUACCCUAAGGAUUUGGCCGUUAUCUUUAGUGAUAACAAUGCUGAGGAGCAAGUCAUCCGUAUUCGCAUGAUCAAGCAAAGCGAUUCCAAGUACGAUGAUGAUGAGAUUGAGGAAGACAUCAUGCUCAAACGUCUCGAGGCUCAUAUCCUCGAUACAUUGACUCUUCGCGGUGUUCCUGGCAUCGAGCGUGCUUUCUUGAACAUGGAGAGCAAGCUUGUAACUCUUCCUGACGGGUCAUUGCUCGCCAAGAAGGGUGAUGAUCGUUGCGACGAAUGGUAUCUCGAUACAACUGGUACCGCUCUUGCCGCCGUCUUGACCGUCCCUGGUGUGGACACGACCCGCACUUAUUCCAAUCACUUCAUCCAGGUCUUUGAGGUCUUUGGUAUCGAGGCAACUCGUUCUGCACUGAUGCGAGAGUUGACACAGGUGUUGGCGUUUGAUGGUUCCUACGUCAAUCAUCGACAUCUCGCCCUCCUGGUUGAUGUCAUGACUUCUCGUGGUCAUUUGAUGGCUAUCACCCGUCACGGUAUCAAUCGUGCCGAUACCGGUGCCCUGAUGAGAUGUUCUUUCGAAGAGACUGUUGAGAUUCUUCUUGAGGCCGCCGCCGUGGGUGAACUUGAUGAUUGUCGCGGUAUCUCUGAAAACGUCAUGCUUGGUCAACUGGCACCUAUGGGAACUGGCGAGCUCGAUGUUCUUCUUGAUCCGAAGAUGCUCGAGACGGUCAUCUCUGACAACAGCAGAAUGGGUCUAAUGCAUGGUCUGUCUGUUAAGGGCGCUGAUGGCGGCGCUGCUACGCCUUAUGACUCUGCAUCUCCUCUUGCUGAUGGGUACAUGGGUACUCCAGACCCUUAUUCUGCAUUCUCACCUAUGCAAACCGGCGGCGGCGCCACUCCUGCUGGAUUUGCAACUGUGUAUGCCGACGGAGGAUACAACAACAGCAUGAGUCCCUACAGCGCUGCACGGAGCCCCGGUGGUGCUGGAUACUCUCCUUCCUCACCUUUCAGCACAAGCCCAGUUUCUCCAGGAUUCUCCCCAACAUCUCCUGGCUACAGCCCAACUUCCCCGCUCAUGGGUGGUGCCAGCCCUGGAUAUUCUGCAUCUCCCAGAUUCUCGCCUGUCAGCCCGGCUUUCACGCCGACCUCACCGGCUUAUAGCCCGACGUCGCCGUCAUUCGUGUCGCCCACGUCUCCAUCAUACUCUCCCACAUCUCCCAACUACUCUCCGACAUCUCCAAAUCUGCAUGUUUCGCCGUCCAGUCCUUCAUACUCUCCAACGUCACCCAGCUACUCUCCAACCUCCCCCAACUAUAGUCCAUCUUCGCCUAAUUUCGCUGGGACCAAGGUGUCUCCAGGCUCUGGACUAUCCCCAACCAGUCCUGUCUACAGCCCAAGCAGUCCGAACUUCUCUCCGACGAGCCCUCAAUACCAAGGAGCCGUCACGUCUCCGAAGUACUCUCCAACAUCUCCUUCAUACUCUCCUACUAGUCCUCAAUUCUCACCAACCUCCCCAAAGAACUGAGAUUGACGACGAACCUCAUUCCUCUUUGACUUGUACAACAAUCGCGCGUGGCAUCACAUCGAUCCUACCAUCCUACCAAAAGCACUCGAAAAAGACGAGA